AGAAAUGAAAAAAGAAAAUGAAGGAGACAGUAAAGGCACAUUGCUUUCUUGUUUCAAGGCAUAAAUUUUGGAUGGGUGUCCAAACCAAAACUCACAAAGAAAUGGGCAACGGCAAACGAACAACACCGACGUAAAUACGACAUUUGGAGCGUGAUUUUCAUUGUUACAUUGUUAAUGUUGACCAAGCUAGCUGAAUUUUGAGAAGAGUGUUUAAUUGAUUGGUUCUGGAUCAUUGUUCGUAUCGUUAUGGAGGCUUUGAUCGAGCUCUGUGACUUGAUUUCUCACAAUCCUGUUAAAUUUGCGGACAAGCUUGCUUGGAUUUGUGGCCGAUGUCCUCCGCCUGAUGCUUUUCGAGGUCAAUCGCCUAGGGUUACACGGUCGCAGCUCAAUGCUGUGCUUGCCCUGGCUUUGUUCCUUUCGAAAUGUCCUAAUCACCAAGACUCGCGUCCCAGGCUUCUUGUUGUUGAGUUUCUGAAGUCGAUUACGGUGUCCUUUAAUUUGUCGUUUUGGCCACAGUCGUUUAAUGCUGUGGCUGUUGGUUCCUUUUACAAUGAUUUCUUGAGUUAUGUUUGUAAAGCAACCGAUAUGUCGUCUGAAUUAAGCAAAGACGUUGCAGGAGUUACGGGAGAUAUUUUGAUCUCGGCAUACAACACGAAAGAUGGGGAUAUAGGGACUAUAAAAGCUUUCUUGAAUGCCUUGUCGAAAAACUUCCUUCCCAUUCUUCCUUCUGAUGUUGAUAAGUUAGUUACUAUACUAAUGAAUUCUUAUGAUAAUACUUUCCCAAAUUCUCCCAGAGAUUUCCCUGAUGGCUCUCCCUCUCAGACCUCACCGCCUAGUUCCUCUUCUAGUGGUACAAAUUCAGGGAUAGUAGAUACUACACCAAAGGGGUCGGGGGUGAAUGGCAGCAGCAGUGCUUGGAAGAGUACUGUUGAUCUGCUGGGUACUGCUGUUGGGUCCAACGAGGGAGAGCUAGCCUCUUCCCAAAAAUUGAUUGCCUCUUUCGAGAAGGAGUCUGUUGAUAACCUUGAAAAACAAGAAACUGCCUUUAAAUUAAUUGGGCACAUAUUGGAUAAAUCCCAGAUUGAUCAAAAGCUUUUGGAACAAGUGAGACGUAUUGCAAAAGAGCAAAUUCAGUCAAUGCUGGCUUUUCUAAAGAUACAGAAGUUUGAUUCUUCGGAGCCAAAGUCUUUGUUAAAAGUUAGAAUCAAUACAAAGCUCUCAGUUUACCAAGCUGCAGCUGCGUUACAAAUCAAGAGUCUCACAUCUAUUGAUUCUGAUGGAAAAUCAUCAAAGAGAUUAUUGCAUGGAACUCUUGCACUUUUGAUAGAAGCUGCUGAAGCAUGUUUAUACUCUGUAUGGCGAAAAUUAAGAGUUUGUGAAGAGCUUUUUGGUGCAAUUCUUGCUGGGAUCUCUCAGAUUGCUGUUACCCGCGGAGGUCAGCUGCUGCGUGUUCUUCUCAUUCGCUUCAAACCCCUUGUUCUUACUAUGUGUGCUCAGGCUGAUACCCGGGGAAGCAACCAUGGAGUCAUGUUUGAGAGUGUUUUGAAGACAAGUUGUGAGAUAAUUGAAUUCGGCUGGAGCAAGGACCGGUCACCAGUUGACACAUUUAUAAUGGGUUUAGCUACAAGCAUUCGUGAACGUAAUGAUUAUGAAGAAGAGGCUGGUAAAGAGAGACAUGCUGUUCCCACAGCGAAGCUAAAUAUCAUACGCUUGCUAGCUGAUCUGAAUGUCCGUGUAAACAAACCUGAAGUCAUAGACACUAUAUUGCCUCUAUUCAUAGAAAGUCUGGAGGAGGGUGAUGCUUCAACACCUGGCUUAUUACGUCUCCGACUUCUUGAUGCUGUUUCUCGCAUGGCGAGUUUAGGUUUUGAAAAUUCCUAUCGUGAAGCUGUUGUUCUGCUGACACGAAGUUAUUUGGGUAAGCUUUCGAGCAUUGGAUCUGCUGAAAGUAAAACAAUGGUGCCAGAAGCCACUACAGAACGGGUUGAGACUCUUCCCUCAGGAUUUCUCACGAUUGCUAGUGGUCUCACCAAUACAAAAUUGCGGUUGGACUACCGGAACCGUCUGUUAUCCUUGUGCUCUGAUGUAGGUUUGGCCGCCGAGUCCAAAAGUGGAAGCAGUGGGGCAGAUUUUCUUGGGCCGUUACUUCCUUCUGUAGCCGAAAUAUGUUCAGACUUUGAUCCAACGGUGGACGUGGAGCCUUCACUUUUGAAAUUAUUUCGCAACUUGUGGUUUUACAUUGCUCUCUUUGGACUGGCACCUCCUAUACAGACAUCACAAGCUCCUGCAAAAUCUGUUUCUACUUCACUUAAUAGUGCGGGCAGUGUGGGUUCUGUUUCUCUUCAGGCAGUGGCUGGACCAUACAUGUGGAAUACGGAAUGGUCUUCUGCUGUUCAACGCAUAUCCCAGGGAACUCCGCCCCUGGUUGUCAGUUCAGUGAAGUGGCUUGAAGAUGAAUUAGAACUUAAUGCUCUUCAUAACCCUCAGAGUCGUCGAGGGAGUGGCAAUGAUAAGGCUGCAGUAACUCAAAGAACUGCUCUUUCAGCUGCUUUAGGAGGACGGGUAGAGGUUUCUGCUAUGAGCACAAUCUCAGGGGUCAAGGCAACUUAUCUAUUGGCUGUAGCCUUUUUGGAAAUAAUAAGAUUUAGCAGCAAUGGUGGCAUCCUUAAUUGUGGCCCCACUUCGACAGCUUCUAGGAGUGCCUUCAGCUGUGUUUUCGAAUACCUAAAGAGUCCGAACCUUAUGCCAGCAGUCUUCCAAUGUUUGAGCGCAAUAGUUCAAAGAGCUUUCAGUACAGCUUUAUCAUGGCUGGAGGACCGUGUAUCAGAAACAGGAAAUGCAGCUGAGAUUAGAGAAUCUGCUCUUUGUGUGCAUGCGUGCUUUCUUAUAAAAAGUAUGUCUCAGAGGGAAGAGCAUAUCCGAGAUACUUCUGUCAGUUUGCUAAAUCAAAUUAGGGAGAAGUUUCCUCAGAUAUUAUGGAAUUCUGCUUGUCUAGAUCUUCUCCUGUUAUCAGUGCAUAAUGACCCACCUUCUGCUCUUGUCAAUGAUCCUGCUUGGAUAGCUACUGUACGCUCUUUAUACCAGAAGAUUGUGAGGGAGUGGAUCAUUGUUUCACUCUCUUAUGCUCCAUGCACGAGCCAGGGUCUUCUUCAGGAAAAUCUUUGUAAAGCAAAUACUUGGCAAAGAGCCCAGCCAACGACAGAUGUGGUUUCUCUUCUCUCUGAAAUAAGAAUUGGUACCGGUAAAACUGAUUGCUGGACUGGCACCAGAACUGCUAAUAUACCUGCAGUUAUGGCUGCCGCUGCUGCUGCGUCUGGUGCCAAUUUUAAAUUAAGUGAAGCUUUUAAUUUGGAAGUCCUAGGCACGGGUGUAGUCAGUGCGACAGGGAAGUGUAAUUAUGCUGGAGAAAUUGCUGGCAUGAGAAGAUUAUAUGAGAACAUGGAGAGUGUUGAUGGACAGGAUUCAGACACUUCUAUAAGCUCUGGCAUUGGUUCCAGUGUUCCAAGGAUCACUUCUGGAGGAUAUUCUGAACAAACCCAGCCUAGAAAAGAUUCAUUUGACGAAUUACUACUUAGCAGGUUUGUUCGCCUCAUUCAGAAAAUUGUUUACACGGCUGAAAAAGGCGGAGAAGUUGACAAGGCAUCAUUUCGUGAGACUUGUUCUCAGGCGACAGCAUUGCUGCUUUCAAAUCUGGCUUCAGAUCCUAAAUCUAAAGUAGAGAGUUUUUCUCAACUCCUACGUCUUCUUUGCUGGUGUCCAGCAUACAUAUCCACGCCCGAUGCUAUGGAGACUGGUGUAUUUAUCUGGACGUGGUUAGUGUCUGCUGCACCUCAGUUGGGCCCUCUGGUGCUUGCCGAGCUUGUUGAUGCGUGGUUGUGGACAAUUGAUACUAAGCGAGGUCUUUUUGCAUCAGAAGUGAGGUACUUUGGACCUACUGCCAAAUUAAGGCCUCACCUGAUUCCUGGGGAACCAGAAAUGCAGCCCGAAAAGAAUCCUGUUGAUCAGAUAAUUGCUCAUAGGCUUUGGCUUGGUUUUCUGAUUGAUCGUUUUGAGGUGAUUCGUCAUGAUAGUGUUGAGCAACUCUUGCUUCUUGGUCGGAUGUUACAAGGAUCAACAAAGCUUCCCUGGAAUUUUUCACGCCAUCCAGCGGCUACUGGAACCUUUUUCACUCUAAUGCUUCUGGGGCUCAAGUUUUGCGCUUGCCAGUCCCAGGGCCAUCUUCAGAGAUUUAAACCAGGGCUUCAGUUGUUGGAAGAUCGAAUUUACAGAGCUUCCUUGGGAUGGUUCGCACAUGAGCCAGAAUGGUACGACACAAAUAACACGAAUUUUUCACCAAGCGAAGCUCAGUCUGUUAGUGUAUUUGUUCAACAUCUCUUAAAUGAACGAGUAGAUCCUCCGUAUCUUGAUGCAAAAGGAAGUAAACAUGAAAACGGGAGCUCUUUAAAUGACGCGAACGAUCAGCAUCACCCGGUCUGGGGGCCAAUGGAGAAUUAUGUGUUGGGGAGAGAGAAAAGGAAGCAGCUACUUCUGAUGCUAUGCCAACAUGAGGCUGAUAGGCUAGAAGUUUGGGCUCAACCUAUCAACACAAAGGAUAAUAGUUCUUCUAGGUCAAAAAUUAGCUCCGAGAAAUGGAUUGAAUAUGCAAGAACGGCAUUUUCUGUGGAUCCUCGAAUUGCCUUAUCUGUAGUUGCAAGGUUCCCGACAAACUCUUCUUUGAAGGGUGAAGUUACUCAAUUGGUUCAGUCACAUAUAUUAGAAAUCCGCAGCAUCCCUGAGGCUUUACCAUAUUUUGUUAGUCCGAAGGCUGUUGAUGAGAAUUCUGCUCUACUUCAACAAUUGCCUCACUGGGCUGCCUGUUCAAUUACACAAGCAUUAGAGUUUCUCACACCAGCUUACAAGGGCCACCCGCGUGUUAUGGCUUAUAUUCUCCGAGUACUGGAAUCUUAUCCUCCUGAGCGAGUCACGUUCUUCAUGCCCCAAUUGGUGCAGGCAUUAAGAUACGAUGAUGAGAAAUUAGUUGAAGGGUACUUGCUUAGGGCUGCUCACAGGAGUGACAUAUUCGCGCAUAUUCUGAUAUGGCAUUUACAGGGCGAGUCUUGUGAACCAGAGACUGGGAAAGAGUCAAAGGAGAAGGAUGCAGCGGUAGCCUUAAAGAAUAGCGCCUUUCAAGAACUACUUCCCCUGGUUAGGCAACACAUUAUUGACAGUUUCACCCCGAAGGCCCUCGAUAUUUUUCAAAGAGAAUUUGAUUUCUUUGACAAAGUUACAUCUAUAUCUGGAGUACUCUUCCCAGUUCCAAAGGAAGAACGGAGAGCUGGUAUUCGUAGGGAGUUGGAAAAAAUUGAAAUGAAUGGAGACGAUCUUUAUCUGCCUACAGCGCCUAAUAAAUUUGUUAGGGGUAUUCAAGUUAAUAGUGGAAUACCAUUACAGUCGGCAGCUAAAGUUCCUAUUAUGAUCACAUUCAAUGUGGUGGAUAAAGAUGGUGAUCCCAAUGAUAUUAGGCCACAAGCUUGCAUUUUCAAGGUUGGAGAUGAUUGUCGACAAGAUGUACUCGCUUUACAGGUUAUAUCUCUUCUAAAGGAUAUAUUUGAAGCUGUCGGACUCAAUUUAUAUUUAUUUCCUUAUGGUGUUCUCCCAACUGGGCCUGAAAGAGGGAUCAUUGAGGUUGUGCCGAACACACGAAGCAGAAGUCAGAUGGGCGAGACAACAGAUGGUGGUCUAUAUGAGAUUUUUCAACAGGAUUAUGGGGCUGUCGGUUCUCCCAGUUUUGAAGCUGCACGCGAGAACUUUGUAAUUAGCAGUGCUGGUUACGCUGUUGCGAGCUUGUUGCUACAACCAAAAGACAGGCAUAAUGGAAACUUAUUGUUUGACAGUGUUGGUAGGCUUGUUCACAUUGAUUUUGGUUUCAUCCUGGAAACUUCUCCUGGUGGAAACAUGCGUUUCGAAAGUGCCCACUUUAAGCUGAGUCAUGAGAUGACUCAAUUACUAGAUCCUUCUGGUGUGAUGAAAAGUGAGACUUGGUACCAUUUUGUGAGCUUGUGUGUGAAGGGUUACCUUGCCGCUCGUCGACAUAUGGAUGGAAUUAUUAACACAGUAUUGAUGAUGCUAGACAGUGGAUUACCCUGCUUCAGUAGGGGUGAUCCUAUUGGAAAUCUUCGAAAGAGGUUCCAUCCUGAGAUGAGUGAGCGUGAGGCAGCUAAUUUUAUGAUUCGGACAUGCACUGAUGCCUAUAACAAGUGGACCACUGCUGGCUAUGAUUUGAUACAAUAUUUGCAGCAGGGCAUAGAAAAAUGAGCCAGGUCUUUUGGGUCGUCAUCUGAUGUGUACAUGUGUAUCUAUGUUAUUUAAUCAGCUGCUGUUCUUUAUAUGUGAUAGGCACAAUUUUUCGGAGGAAUUACCCACUAUUGUUGUGAAAGCUAUCCAAGCCAGGAAAAGUAGGUAAAUGAGUUUCUUGUUUGUGGGCAGUGGAAUUUCCUUGUUGGCGGAUGUAAAGAUAUAGUUUGUAGGCUUGUAACUCGUAAUUUUCAAUGAAAUUUGCAUUUGCUGGAGCAGAAUAUGCAGCAGCAAUGGGACAUCCUUUUGUACCCAUUGUUGGUGCGACCUCAAUUGUUUAUGUACUACCAUCAGCGUGGUGGACACAAUUUUCGUC